CAAAUCUUCUUUUGUUAGGCUUUAUAAACCUGUGUCCCCUUUCUACUUCAACUCGCCAACUCUUUCUUGGAAUUUCAUAACCGCGAAAGCUUUAAGAGCAUCACGUCCUGUUGUUAUUACUUUUAGACUUUUUUCAAUAGAAUAAUAUUUUUUAUUCCCAGAUUCAUAUUUUAUCAUAUAUAAUAAACAGCAAUGGGUCUGUCAAUCUCUAAACUUCUUGCUGGUUUAUUCGGCAAGAAAGAGAUGCGAAUUCUGAUGGUUGGUUUGGAUGCUGCUGGUAAAACCACCAUCUUGUAUAAACUUAAACUAGGUGAAAUUGUUACAACCAUUCCUACUAUUGGGUUCAACGUUGAAACCGUAGAAUAUAAAAACAUUUCUUUUACUGUCUGGGACGUAGGCGGUCAAGAUAAGAUCCGACCAUUAUGGCGACAUUAUUUCCAAAAUACUCAGGGUAUCAUUUUUGUUGUUGAUUCAAAUGAUCGUGAACGUAUUUCAGAGGCUAGAGAGGAACUUCAACGUAUGCUUAAUGAAGAUGAGCUUCGUGAUGCACUUCUUUUAGUAUUUGCCAACAAACAAGAUUUGCCAAAUGCCAUGAAUGCUGCGGAAAUUACUGAUAAACUUGGACUUCAUUCUCUUCGACAACGUCAUUGGUAUAUUCAAGCAACUUGUGCUACAAGUGGAGAUGGUCUUUAUGAAGGGUUAGAAUGGUUGAGCACUAAUUUGAAACGAAAAGUUUAGAGUAAUGAUAUUUUUAAUUUAAUUAUAUUAUAAUUUUAAUAAAUAAGAUCUUUAGGAAUUUAUUUUGUACGAUUUAUGUUAUUAAAUUUGUUCAAAUAAUUUUUUUUAGCCUCAAACAAAAAAAAGAUGCAUAAUUUGUUCUUAUUCUUAUUACCGAUCCAGGAAAAUCUGUCAAUUAUUCUUUGGUUAGCGGGAGGGUUGGAGUUAUUAUUAAUGGAGUUACUAUAAACAUUUAGUUUAAAUAGCAAUGCUUCCAAAUUUUUUAUAUACCAUUUUCUUUUUUUUUUUUUUUU